AUGGCCUUGAAUUGUCCAAGGGAAGUUCGGGCUCCGGAACGUAAGACUUCGCGCAGGUCAAGAUUUGGCUGUCGAAAUUGCAAGCUCAGGAAACUAAAGUGCGACGAAGCCAAGCCACAUUGCAAGAGAUGUCGGUCAUUCGGGGUAUUAUGCAACUUCGCGUCUAAUAUUCCCGACCUACAGCCCGUCGCUGCUGACACAGCGAGGCCAUUGGCAGUUCGACGGAAAGCGCAGCUUCAGCCCCCUGUCUGCACUGCUGUCUGGACAUGCGAUGAGUACACGAAAUAUCAACUGAAUGCAAAGUGUCAAGAUUUCAUUACGCGGUAUUUUGGAAAAAGUCUUCUUACGCCGGAUGAUCCUAAUAUGCUUCUCGUUAACCGCAAGCUCCUAAGGCUAGCCUUCACAUACCCUUUCUUAAUGCACGCUUCUCUAGCCGUGGCACUCACAUAUGACCGCCAUCUGAAUAGCUCAUUGCACAAUCGUCGCAGUCUAGAAGAGUGCUAUCACUGGUCUCAAAGUACAGCUCUCCUAAACAGGCGAUUAAGGGAACCGAUCCAAGCAAAAGAUAAAGAUCCAAUCUGGGGCACUGCGGCUGCUCUAGCUAUCUUGUCCUUCUCAACUCCCGAUGCGUACACACCACAGGACUCGUGGCCAUUAAAGUCCUACGGUAGCUCCGAUCUGGACUGGUUACGUAUGAGCAAGGGUAAAAAGGCACUGUGGAAUAUAGUGAACCCGCUACGACCGGACAGUCUUUUCAAUGUCAUGGCGGAGACCUAUGCUCAUAUGGAUUCACCUUUGCCAGAGAGUGGUAUAGAUGGUAUUCCAAGCGCCUUGGCUGCUAUUUGUCUUCUCGAAGAGUCAUCUACGGCAAAGAACAAUCCGUAUUUCGAUGCUGCCCACGCAGUGUCCCAUAUUUUGAACGUCCCAGAAAUUGGGGUCACAACAGGUGGAAGCCAAAUCUUCACUCGUACUAUCCAUGGUCAUUUCGAAGACCUUCUUCGAAAAAGAGAUCCUGUGGCGCUUCUGUUGCUGUAUCUAUGGUAUCGCAAAGUAGGUCGAAGUAUAUGGUGGGUUGAACUAAGAGCUAGAGUAGAGUGCCCUUCUAUUCGCUUGUACUUACAGCUAUAUCACAAAGAGAAUGUUGGGCUACAGGCAUUCCUUCCAGGAGGCGCACUCGAUGAUAAAUGGAAUUAA